GAGAGAAGGGGCGGGAGCGCGCGUGGUGAUCCGGAAGUUGCCCGGGAGCGGUUUGGGAAUGCGCAAGCAAAACAAGUCGGUGGCGCGCAUCAGCAGUUGUCGCUCACGUCGUCCAUGAGGAGGAUGAUGAUGUUGGGCGCGCUCCCGGCCUCGGUUCCCGCCGCCGCAGCCGUAGCCGCCACGAGAGAGAGUCCAAGCACCAACCGCCACAUCCUGGUGUCUGCAACCCCGUGACCACGUGCCCGCGUCAGCUGACCUGCAGCAAGAUGGCGGUUUGUGUGGCAGUCAUCGCGAAAGAGAAUUAUCCAUUGUACAUUAAAACAGUUCCAACAGAGAAUGAGCUGAAGUUUCAUUACACGGUACACACUUCACUGGAUGUUGUGGAGGAGAAGAUCUCUGCAGUUGGGAAGGCACUCGUGGAUCAGAGGGAGCUAUACUUGGGACUGCUUUACCCCACUGAGGAUUAUAAAGUAUAUGGCUACGUUACCAAUACUAAAGUAAAAUUUGUUAUUGUGGUGGAUUCUUCCAAUAUCGCUUUGAGGGACAAUGAAAUCCGCAGUAUGUUCAGAAAACUGCAUAAUUCCUACACAGAUGUCAUGUGCAAUCCAUUCUAUAACCCUGGAGAUCUGAUUCAAUCCAAGGUCUUUGAUAAUAUGGUUUCGGGUAUGAUGGUUCAAGUCUGCUGAAGCCCGGAUGCGAAGUUCCUGCUCGCCUGUGCUGUAUACUGACUUCAUUAUGUUUCCAGAACAGUUUUCGGUGACACAAUAUGGUCCUGAAUAAAAUGGACCAUCACCCAA